GUGAGGGAGCGGAGCCCCCAGCAGCAGAAACGCCCUGUGCGCUCUCUCCUCCAGCAUCCAUCGGUUGGACUCUGUUUUUCUAGCCGCGGAGGAGCCACUCUGAGCGAGAAGGAAGACGAACCAGACCUCGCUGGAAGAAAUGGCCUUUUAACACUCGAGAGAGUAACCCUGAAGAGACAUGGAUCCUUUGGCUUUUUCCCUUCACCUCCUCCUCCUGCUCGCUUCCCUGAACUGCUUCCCCGCUUCUGCUGACAUGAGACUCGGUUGCCUGUUUGAGAACGGGCUGUGUUCACCAUAUGAGAUCUGCGUCAACGAUGGUAUGUUUGGGGGUUGUUACCCUGUUCCAGUGAAGGAGGUUUACACCUACGAUGUCUCCCCUUCGGUAGUGCAACGCUUCAGGAUGCUGCUGGAGAAGCUCUCUAAUAGAGGUUUGACCUGGGAAGAUGACACUACUCAGCAAGUUCUGUCCAAGGAGUUAUCCAAGCUGAGGAGGGUUCCCUACAGGCCACAGAAUGGAGCUGUCUACAACACCAACAGCAGGCCGGUAGCUGGAGCGAUGGACCCAGUAGACCAGAGGGUGAAGCCUGUGGAGGUGGAGCUCAGUAAAAAUCUGCAGACGUACCUCCAACGUCUCGGCCUCCUUCCCAAGACGCCAUCUGCCUCUAACCUGAGCACCCUGGGCAAGGGUAACCUUUUCCCCAUGGACUCCUAUCGCGCCAAGGCCCAGAUCCCGGCUAAGAAGUCAUCUCCCUCCAGCUUUUCCCCUCUUUUAUCUUUCUUACCUCUGCAGAAGCCGGGACCUCCAGCUGACCAGCUGCUCACCAAGCAGGCUGAGGGUGACCUUCUCCUGAGCGCCCUGAGGCAGUAUCUCUCUCGGCAUCUGUCCCCGUACGGUGGCGGGGUGAGCCCCGGGGAGCAGGAGGCCGCCUCGCCCCACCAGAGGCCCUUCUACGCCAAUGUAAUAGAAAACUCUGGCCUCAAAAAAGAGGGCUCAAAAUCCAGGCUUCUAAAGUUGGGAAGAACACCGGGGGCUUCAGUCAAAGACCCUCUGACUUCUGUGGAUGAGAGAUUCAUCAAGAACGUUUUGAAGAGCGUUGGCAGGCACCACGUGGAUGUGGAUGGCCUGACGGAGCAGGAUUUGGGACAACUGUCCAGCCUAAUAGCUGAUGCUCUGCAAGUGGUUGACCAGGACCAGGGACUUAUCAGGGGCCGGAUCCAUGCCAGACCUGGACUGAGAGAGCUGAGGGUGGAAGAAGAGGAGGAUGCUUCCAGGGAUGAGGAAGAGGACAAGUUGCUAGAGAACACUCGAACACUAAAUCCAGAUGAGUGCGCCCCCACAGUCCCGGCAGCCGUUCAAGAGGAUAAACAGGAGCACACUGUGAAGGACAAGCCUGAGGGUAGAAACCUUUUUACCAAACUUCUGGCCUACCUGGACAAAACUUCAUUCAACGCCUCUCCUUCUGCAAGAAAUCGUGAUGUUGUUGCUAUGGAGACACCCGUAGGCCCACAGUUGGGCCUAGAAAAUGUCCAGAGCCGGACCAGCGGGGCCGUGGUGACGGUGCAGAAGAAGGACGCCACCCAGUCUGUGGAGGAAGUGUCGGAAGUGCAGGGCUGGAUCAAGGAGGUGGCGCCCCCUCCUGCUUCGCUCGUGUAUGAGGAGCCGCACGAGAAAACGAUCCACGUUCCCGAACUUCAGCUGGACGUCAAAGCCAGCAGGACGAAGGCAGACGAGGACGUCUUUGGCUACGUCAUCACCGACACAGAUGGGCUCCAAACAGACAAAGGCCUCCACCUGAUGGAGAUCCUGGCUCGCAUGUCUAAAAUCCAGAUGACCGACUUCGCAGAGCUCUCGGUGAUGGGCCCUGCUGUGACCUUCCAAGUGAGCCCGAACACUCACAACGUCAGCACCAAAGAUGUGGCCAGCGUGGCUGUUCACCAGAAAGAGGCUCUUGAGAAGGAAGCCAAGGUCAGCAUCCUGGAGGCCGGGGUCACCGAUGGAAGCCAGAUCAACCAGAUCCCCACCAAGUACAGCCAGGCGGAGUCCACCAAGUUCCUGGUCCUCACAGUUGUGUCUAUCCUGUGCAUCGUCGGCGUACUGCUGGCCUCCACCGUGGUCUACUGCCUCCGCCACCGCUCCCACCACAAGCUGAAACAGAAGCUCACCAAUCUGGGAACAGAUACUGCCAGCGAGGCUACUGGCACCUAUCAGGAGCUCUGUCGGCAGCGCAUGACGGUCAAACCUCCGGCUGAGCGUCCGGAGCCCAUCUCCUCCAGGAUCAACAGCGUGUCGUCUCAGUUCAGCGAUGGCGGUCAAGCCAUCAGCCCCUCGGCGCGGAGCAGCAUCUCCUCCUGGAGCGAAGAGCCCGCCCACUCCAACAUGGACAUCUCCACCGGUCACAUGAUACUGUCCUACAUGGAGGAUCACAUGAAGAACAAGGACCGCCUGGAGAAGGAGUGGGAGGCUCUGUGUGCCUAUCAGGCAGAACCCAACGCCUGCACCAGUGGCCUGAAGGAUGGCAACGCCAAGAAGAACCGCUCCACUGCUGUUGUGGCAUAUGAUCACUCCAGAAUCACCUUGAAGGUGGAGAACAGCCAAGGCAACUCUGAUUACGUCAAUGCCAGCCCGAUCAUGGACCAUGAUCCCAGGAACCCUGCCUACAUCGCCACUCAAGGCCCUCUUCCCUCCACCGUGGCUGAUUUCUGGCAGAUGGUAUGGGAGAACGGCUGCGUGGUUAUCGUUAUGCUCACUCCUCUUGUCGAGAGCGGGGUGAAGCAGUGCUACCACUACUGGCCUGAUGAGGGAUCCAACCUGUACCACAUCUACGAGGUGAACCUGGUGUCUGAACACAUCUGGUGCGAUGAUUUCCUGGUUCGAAGCUUCUACCUAAAGAACAUGCAAACCAACGAGACACGAACUGUCACUCAGUUCCACUUCCUGACCUGGCUUAACCAGAACGUCCCAGAGACCAGCCGGACGCUCCUCGACUUCCGCAGAAAAGUUAACAAGUGCUACCGGGGACGCUCAUGUCCUAUCAUAGUCCACUGCAGUGAUGGCGCAGGAAGAAGUGGGACCUACAUCCUGAUUGACAUGGUCCUCAACAAGAUGGCUAAAGGUGCCAAGGAGAUUGACAUUGCAGCGACUCUGGAGCACCUGCGGGACCAGAGGCCAGGAAUGGUUCAGACCAAGGAUCAGUUUGAGUUUGCGUUGACAGCCGUUGCGGAGGAAGUGAACGCCAUUUUGAAAGCUCUUCCACAGUAGGAAGGAGCCCCUCUUAUAAUGGACAUCGGUUCUCUUCUUCUUCCUCCUCUUCUGUCUCAUCCAGAGGACAGUCCCUAUUAUUUCUUCCCAAUGUUUGUCAUGUAAAUCAGCUUCCUGUUUCCCUGUUUCCAUCACUUCCUUUAUCCUCUCAUUCUCCCCUUUGUCUUAUCCUUUCUCAUUUUAUCUUCUCUUUUCCCAGUCUUCAUCACAGUUUUUCCUCUUCUUCCUUUGGGCAUUUGCUUGUCCCCUCAUUUCACAUUGUCUUGUUGCUUCUCCCAUCCUGUCCUCCUAUCUUUACCCACCCUAUCUUGUCUAUUUCCUUGCUUCCUGGAUGUCCUCCCAAUAUGUCUGUCCCCAACUGUCCUCUUUUCCCUUCUCUUACCAUAUCCUGUUCAUGCCUUUCUCCAAAUGUCUCCUCCUUUUCUCUCCCUUCACUUUCUUAUUUUAACAUUGUCCUUUCUCCUGUUGUUUCCUUUCCUUUUACCAACGCUUCUUUCCAGUCACCGCCCCCCCCCCCCCAUUCACUUCUUCCCAUCUUCACCUAACUUAGUAUCUUAGUAAACAUUGUGUCAGGUAACCCUGAUCCAAUCCUGUACAUAGAUGAUGGACCUUCCUUCUAUUGUAAUCCAUCAAUGAAGCCUGUGUUUUCCAAAAUAAGAUGUUCUGUUAAGAGUAUAUGUGUCAUAGUUUCUGUUUGAGUCUUUGUUUUGAGUGUGUGUAUGAUGUUGCUUAUCAUAUCUGUCACAAAAUCACAAAAUCGUAUUUGUGCCUGAUUUCUAGAGCCAUGCAGUACGCUUUAGUUUCUUUUCUCAACAGUAAGUGAUUAAAAAAAACUGCCAAUCUGACAGGGUUUCCAAAAUGUACGACAACUCCAAUUAGCAUCUGCAAGUUUCCUCUUAUUGUGAGAAAAAUGAAACAAAAUGCUGGUACUGGAUUUGAGGUCAAAUAACAUGGAUAUAUUUUUUUCAAUGUGUAAUUGUCAUUAUCCUAGUAGAAGCAAUAUUGUGUUUCUUCAACCUGACUCGUGGACAACCAAUACUGUUGCUUGUCAUGUCUGCCUUAAACUCAGUAGAUGGACAUUUAAAUGUGUCCAGCCAUAUGGAAACUUGCCUGGUGUGUAACGCUUUAUUUUAACAUGGCCAUGUUCCAGCGUUUGAUCCUGUGGAUUAAAGGUUUGCUGUACUGCUACUUAAUAAAACUCUGAAAAGACUAAAGAAAAUGCAGUCUAAUUUGGGGGCAAGAAGUUAGUGUACCUUCAGUCCAAACAUGUGUGAGAGUCCUCAGUAAUGUUGUGUACUUGGAUAAUCACUUUGAACCACAGGACGCUGAAAUAAUAUAUGUCAUAAAAUAAAGUGUUUCUGCUAGUACUUUUGUGAUAAAAGAGGAUAGUCUUGCUUCUGAAUAGCAGUUCUUCUAUGUAGCAUUAAUGGAUGAUUUGUACAUGUACAGUAGCUGAACGUGUAUUGCAUUGAAAACUAGUUUGCUGUGACACUCGUCAGCUGGUUUUUCCAAAAGCAUCUUGAGACUUGCUGGGUUUUUGUUUUGUUGUAAAUGAAAUGAGCAACAAUAAAGGACCAUGCCAGUGAUUGAUUUGCAUCUUUUCUCCUAUCAAUUUCAAACUGAGUAUACUUUAAAAUUACACCCAGUCAAUAACCAAAUAUGUUAUACAAAUUAUACGUUGGAAGUUUGAGUCUGACAUUUAAACAUUUGUUGGAAAGGGAAAGUAGGAAAUGAAUGGAAUCCAAUGGCUGCCUAGAAAGCAGAUCAUUUGAAAGUCCCCAACAUGCAUUCAUAGAUGUCAGUAUAUAACGUGUGUGUGUGUGUGUGUGUGUGUGUGUUUGUGCCUGUAUAUUGGAUAGUCCUGGUAGCCUGUUGAACACAAGCAUCAACCCAGAGACCAUUUAGUUUGUCAUGCCUUUUCAAACAUCAAGAACUCCCUGGGUUUUGGGCAGGUAGAUAGCUUUACCCAUGAACCUGUGUGUUUGUGGGCCAAGAUAUAUAAUACUAUAUAUACUUAUAAACCUGUGGGAUUUUGGGAUAAAAUUCAUGUUGACUGAGAAGCUAUUGUUCUAAGAAAACACUGCUCAAAUUUUGGUUCACUACUAACAUGUUUCAACUUUCAACUUUAUUUAGUCCCCAGAGGACUAUCAGUUUUACAACAAGGCACUCUAGACCACAAUGCAUUAAGUGUGGAAGUUAAAAGCGCCAUAAUCUGAAGAUGCUUUUGGGAAACAGCUCUUAGUUUGUGUAAAAUCAACUUGAUUUCAUUAAUUGUCUGUCACUAAGUGAACAGUUGUAAAGAUUAUAUCCAUAAAAUUCUGUUUUCCUUUGUCCUAUCUAAUUUCAAUCGCCAAUAAUAUAACUUGCGUACACUCUGCUUCUAGUGCAUGGCUAUUUAUUCAGCAAAGUGAUGUAUUGUCCUGUGGCCUCAAGGCAAUCUUAGCAAAUUUCUUCAAGCAAACAAGUAAAUGAUAACUUUAUUAUUAUUGUAUAAACUAUGUUUUGCACAAGAAGAUCCAAGGACCUUAAUAAUGCCAAAGCCAAGAUUAUAAUUUGUAGACUGUGCAGAUCAGGGUUAGCGCAAGAUGAAAGGUGGUGCAGUAUCAACAUGAUGUAACACUGCAGCAAGCUGGUAUGUUGUUGAAAUCGACUCCAUGGAAAAAUGCUGCAAGAGACGCUCCUCAUAACAGCUUGUUUAAUGUAGAAUGGGAUCUCAAUGUUUCGGCCUUAUGGUAAUGUAUGGAAUAACUGAAACUACAUUGAAAGAAGUAGAAUUAUACCGGCCAUUUUUAAUGUAAGUAAAAACUAAACUUGUCAUGAUAGGUAUUUCUAUUUGCAGUGAGGAUGCUUAGUUGGUCAUUUUCCCCAAUAAAGUUCUGUGUUUCACAAACUCCAUCAACUGUUAAUAGAUGGCUGGUCUGUUGCACUACCAGAAUGUACAGAACCCCCCUCCAAAAAAUGAAGGUAUUUUGUUCUAUUGGAAUAAACAAUUUGUGAAUAAAGUCUCAUUGUCAAUGCACUAUUGUAAUACAAUCCUGAA